AAUAAAGGUAAAACUAUUAAAGAAUAAUAAACUGUAGAAAGAGAAAUUAGUCAAAAAGACUUUAAGACGAAAUAAAUUUAAGAAAUCCGAGAGGCCUAAAGGCAAAUAUUAAAGUAAACCAAUUAUUAAUCCAAAGAAGCAAAUAAAAAUGUCAGCAGAAAGAUAUACCUUAUAUAAAAGCCAAAAUCAAAUCCUCAAGGAAAUAUUAGAGAUUUCAGAGAAGCUGAAAUCGGGAACGACUAGGAAGGUUGCUUUAGAAGCAAAUUCAAAGUCGCUGGAGAACAAAAUGCAGGAAGCCAGGACAAAUCAAGCGAAAUUAGAAUUAUAUGAACAAAAAGAUGAGCCAUAUUUUAAAGAGAACAUAUGGGGCAGAAUUGAGAGCUAUUACGAUGGGAAUAGUGGAACAGGGCCGUCGGAAAGUAGAAGCGCUCGAAAAUCUUGGGGCAGUAAAGAACCCCGAGAAUAACAAUGAGGCAAUGGAGCAACAAUUUCGAGCGUUACAGGAGAGUAUGCUAAGCCAGUUUAAAUUGCAGCAGGAUCAAUGGCAAAAACAACAAGAGCAAAUGAAGAUACAACAGGAACAAAUGCAGAAAUCUAUACAAGAGCAAAUGAGGCAGAUGCUGCAGUUUCAACAUCCAUAUGGAAAUAAUAAAGAAGGCGAAGAAGGAGAUGGAAAACUAACCAUUGUAACCACUCAUGCUAGCAGUGAUAAGAAAAAUGCAGUGCUUUCCCAAUUCAGAAGAAAGAUCCUGAAGCUUUCAGACUCCAUAGAAGAAGAUAUUUCAGGAGUAAGUAAAUAUGCUCUGGAAAAUAUGAAGGUUUCAUGGGAAAAGCAAUUCGACGACAUAAAACGACUGCAUUUAGAAUUAACAACAGAACAUGGAAUGGAAGAAGUGGAUGAUGAAUUGGAAGAUAUUGAAAGGAAAAUGAAUACGAAAAUAAAUAAUAUUAUUUUAAAGAUAGGUGGCCUAAAAGAAGAAUCUCAGGCAGUGGAGUUAAAAAGAAUACAGAUUCCAUGUUUCAAUAGAAAUAUGGAGGAAUGGAGUUCCUUCCACGAUUUAUUUAAGAAAUUGGUUGAUAGGAACGCUCAACUAUCCGAGGUACAAAAGUUAUACUACCUCAAAACUAAUCUGAGAGGAGAGGCGUUUCGUUUGGUGCAACAUUUGCAAGUGACAGAGGCAAACUACAGAGCAGCGUGGGAACUAUUAGAAAAACGCUAUGACAACAAACGAAUUUUAUUCACGAAAUUGAUUGAUAAAAUUUUGGAUCACCCGAAUAUAAACAGCCUAUCUGCAGCAAGCAUACGAAAUUUGGUAGAUAGCGUUAACGAAAGCAUACAUGCGUUGAGAGCAAUGGGUAUACCGUUGGAACAUGCGGACCCUAUAAUAGCCAGAAUAAUAAUAAGGAAAUUGGAUAAAGAUGGACUCAUUCAAUAUGAGCACAACGUCAAAAAAUCAAAGGAGAUCCAAAAACUUGAAGAUGUAAUGGACUUCUUAGAACAGCAAUACCAGGCCUUGGAAGCAUCAACGAGCAAAAAAUAUGCUGUUUCAGCAACGUAUUAAAAUCAAGAUAAAUCCGGAGGGUUGGAAAAGAGGCAAUGCAGGUUUUGUAAGCUGAUUGGACAUGAAGUUGCGGCUUGUAGAAAAUUUGCGGCACAACCGGCAAACGAUAGAUUUAGUUGGGUGAAAGCAGCCCAAAUGUGCCUCAGAUGUAUUAAGCACUCGAAAGACAAAAGAUGCCUGAGUGAUUCCAAAUGCCAGAAGUGUGGAUUACAGCAUAACACAUUAGUCCACUUGGAAAAAACAAGCAACACAAAAUCCAUGACCACACAUGCAACAACAAAUGUUCUUCUUGCUACAGCUCAAGUUCGAGUCAAAUCUUGGUAUGGAGAAUAUAUCACUUUAAGAGCCUUGAUAGAUCAAGGAUCACAGAUAACUUCUGUAUCCGAAGAUGCGGCGCAGUUGCUACAAUUACCAAGAUCAAGGACUGAGGUGAGAUUUUUCAGCAACAAUAAAAUUAUAACGGAAGCACUAGUCUUGUCGAAAUUAGCAUCAGCUCAUACCGACAACAAUUUCCAUUACGACUUGGAGAAAUGGAAAAACAUAACUCUAGCAGAUCCAAAUUUUUAUAAUUCUGAAAGAAUCGAUCUGGUAAUUGGCGCGGACAUUUUCCAACAAAUAUUGGAAGAAGGUGUUCGCCAUGAAGAGAAGAUAGUGGCACAAAAUACAAAACUAGGAUGGAUUCUUUCCGGAACAAUUCAGAUGAAAUCCGGAGGAAAUAACGUGAGAUCAGCUGCGACGACGACAAUAGAACGGUUUUGGGAAAUAGAAGAGAUUGAAGAUGAAGAAACGAUAGCAGAAGAUGAUUACUGUCUAAAACUAUAUGAGGAAACAACACGAGUCGAUCAAGCGGGAAGAUUUGUAGUGCGAUUGCCAUUUGCUGAAGACAGACGUUUGGGAGAAUCAUAUAAAAGAUUAGAAGGAUGUCCGAAAUUGAAAGCAGAAUACAUAAAAACAAUAGAUGAUCUAAUUACAACUAAACACAUGGUGAAAGUAGAAGAGAGAAAACAAGGAAAAUAUUAUAUGCCGCAUCAAGCAAUGAUACGUGAAACCAGCUUAACCACAAAAGUAAGAGUGGUGUUUGAUGCAUCGUCGAAAACAUCAAAUGGAAAGUCGCUGAAUGACAUUAUGCAUACAGGUCCAAAGUUGCAAAAGGACAUAUUUGAUAUUAUUACCAAAUGGAGAACUUGGAGAUUUGUCAUAUCAGCCGAUGUAGAAAAAAUGUUUAGACAAAUAAACAUAGACAAAGAAGAUCAAGAAUACCAAUAUGUCCUGUGGAGAAAUAACAAGAGCGAGCCAGUGCAACAAUUCAAACUCACCACAGUGACAUUUGGCUGUAAGGACGCUGAUAGAAAUUGCAAAUCGAUGCGAGAAUCAAGAUAUAGCCAAAAGAAUAAAAGAAGAUUUCUACAUGGACGAUUUACUUACAGGAGCGAAUUCAAAACUAGAAUGUAUGGAAGUACAAGAGAAUAUAGCUCAGCAACUGGAAAUGUAUGGGUUCCAUUUAAGAAAAUGGAUAGCAAAUUCUUCGGAUAUAUUGAGAGCUGUAAAUCGGGCUGAAGAAAAUGAAGUAUUGCAAAUUCAAGAAGAUAACUGCUUGAAAACGCUAGGAUUGCAAUGGAGUCCACUGAUGGAUUGCUUUACAUUCAGUAUGGAAGUAAAACAGGACGACAAGGUGACCAAACGAAUGGCGUUAUCAAGUCUAGCGAAAAUAUUUGAUCCACUGGGUUGGCUGACACCAGUAACCAUAACAGCAAAACUAUUUAUUCAGCAGUUAUGGAUCCAGCAAUUAGAUUGGGAUAUACCGUUGAAUGGAAAAUUGAGUGAUGACUGGAAGAAAUUUGCGUAUAGUCUCCACGUAAUAAAGAACGUGAAGAUACCAAGAUGGUUUCAAAUAGCACCAGUCAGUGGAGUAGAGCUACACGGGUUUGCUGAUGCGUCCGAAAAGGCAUAUGCGGCAGUAGUUUAUCUAAAGGUGGAUUCUCUAAUUGCAAUCGUGGCUGCGAAGAGUCAAAGUCAAUCCUAUUAAAAAUACCAAGACCCUCCCAAAAUUGGAACUAAGUGCUGCCCACCUCUUGGCGAAACUACUACAAAAAAUAAAAAAAGUAUUAUCAUCAGCGGCGGCAAUUUAUGCUUGGAGUGAUUCCAUGAUUACGUUGGCAUGGAUAAACAACCCAAAAAAUAAAGAUAAAUUUAUUAGAAACAGAGUAGUGGAAAUUAUGGAACGAAUCCCUAAAGCGAAAUGGGCUUACGUUAGAUCAAAAGAAAAUCCAGCAGACUUAGGCUCCAGAAGCGUUGCUCCUGAGAUUUUGACCAACUGUCAAUUAUGGUGGAAAGGGCCGGAAUGGCUGAUAAAAAAUGAAAAUGAAUGGCCCAAGUUAAAUCCGACAGUAGUGGCAGCAGCGACAAGAAUUGCGGCAGUAGAAAAAAGCGUCUAUGAGCAACUUAUGAAGUUGUCAUCAUUUAAGAAGCAGUUACGAGUCAUGGCUUAUAUACUACGAUUUAUUAAAAAACUGAGAGGAAAUAAGGUAAAAGGUGAGCACUUAACUGCGGAAGAAAUAGAAGAGGCCGAAAUUGCUUUAAUCAAAAUGCACCAAGAAAUUGAAUGGCCGGCGGAAAUUAGUCAGCUAAAAACUUCAGGAGCAAUAAAUCAUCUAAGCAAUAUAGCAUCAUUGCAUCCGCAGCUCGACGAAUAUGGGGUUAUGCGAGUAGGAGGAAGACUGGGUUGGUCAGAGCUAACCUAUAACGAAAAGCAUCCAAUACUGAUUCAAAAAUCACGAUUAGCUGCGAAUAUUAUAAGGAGAGCUCAUAUGAAAACAUUGCAUGGAGGAAAUCGGCUGAUGGAAAAUGUUUUAAGGCGCAAAUAUUGGAUAAUCGGAGCCAAAAAUAGAAUAAAACUCUGCGUCAGGUGCUGUCCACGAUGUACGCGCUAUAGGGGAGAAGUACAAAAUCAGUUAAUGGGAAAUCUACCAAUGAGUAGAGUGAAUAUAAGUCAACCCUUUCAACAUUGCGGAAUAGACUACGCGGGUCCGUUUCAAAUACGAUGUUCGAAAACGAGAGGAACCAAGUCUAUGAAGGGUUACGUAGCAGUAUUUGUGUGCAUGGUGACGAAAGCGGUGCAUUUAGAGGCAGUUAGCGAGCUUACGGCAGAAGCAUUUUUAGCAGCGCUGAGAAGAUUCUUCGCAAGGAGAGGAAAAUCAAGCGAUUUAUAUUCCGACAACGGAACGAACUUUGUCGGGGCAUCAAGGCAGCUAGAUAAAGAUUAUAUAGAGGCGAUAAAAAGCAACAAUACGUUAGCGCCAAAUCUGGAGAAUGAACAAAUAAAAUGGCAUUUUAUCCCCCCGGCAGCUCCUCACUUCGGAGGAAUUUGGGAAGCUGCAGUUAAGUCAAUGAAAUACCAUCUUAAAAGAAUCAUUGGCGAGAUAAAAUUAACAUAUGAAGAGAUAAGCACGGUUCUAGCUCAAAUUGAAGCAGUUUUAAACUCAAGGCCGUUGCAUGAUCUUGGAAGCGGCACAGACUAUAUCGACACCUUAACGCCAGGGCAUUUCAUAGUUGGACGCCCGUUAUUAGAAGCUCCGGCGAAGAUCGAUGAAGGAAGUUUAGCAUGUGUGAGCAGGUGGAAACUGCUGCUACGAAUAAAAACCCACUUUUGGAGAAAGUGGAAAGAAGAAUAUUUGACUACUUUGCAAAAUCGCCCAAAAUGGAGAAAAGAAGAUCGCAAUCUGGAAGUGGGACAGAUCGUGCUGAUCAGAAAUGAAGAGACUCACCCAGCUCGUUGGCCAUUGGCGCGAGUGACUGAGGUACAACCGGGCAAAGAUGGAAUAGUGAGAGUUGUUACGUUGAAAACACAAAAUGGAGAAAUAAAAAGACCAGUACAUAAAUUAUGCCCAUUAGAGCACGAAGAUGAGAGACCUGAAGAGGAAAAGGUAGAAGAUACGCAGAAAAAGGAGGUCGAAGUGAACUCAACAAAGAAGUUACCAAGAUUAACAGCAAAUUCCUUUAUGAUAUGGACUAUGAUGAUAAAUCUUUGUCUGAUUAUGACGACUAAGGCCUCAUCAGUAAAAGAAUUAAAUAGUUCGACGGCAAUAUAUCUUGAUCCAAUCUCUCAAAUCCACAUGGCCUCGUCUUCAUGGAACAUGAUUGUAUAUUUUGAAAUGAAAACGUACUUAGAAACACUGGAUCUUGCAUCCACAUUGCUCAACGCCUCUAAAGAAAUAUGUCCAAGGCUCCAAACAUUUGAAGACCAGUGCUGGUCGGUAAUAAACAAUAUGGAAUAUAAAGUAAAUAAAAUCAAGGCGAAUAAUCGGCUUUUCAUGAGGGAUGAUAAACGGCAAAGAAGAGGAGCCCCAUUGAAGUUCAUAGGGUCUUUUCAACAUUGGGCAUUUGGUGUGAUGGACGACGAUGAUCGUGUGGCGAUGGAAAAUAAUAUGAGAAAUCUGUUAGCCAACCAGUACGACUUAAAAGAAUUGUCAAAAAAGCAGAUAUCGAUAGUUGAUUCCACGGUCAAUCUGCUAAAAAGAACAACGGAGGAAGUCAAUUCGCACUUUGUGGAGGUAAAGUGCAAAAUUGAUAACAUAACCGCCACCAUGAACGAAAAUUACUUCGUUUAUAGAGAAUCUAUUCGUUUCUUUAUUAUAACUAAAGAAAUCCAUGAAUACAUAGACGAAUGUGACGAGGUGCUAAAGGAAGUCAUUAACCUGUUACUGGACAUCAAUAAUGGUCAUAUACACCCUGUGCUCAUAAGUCCGGAGAAAUUGCAGUCGGAAAUAUUUAAAAUUCGAAAUGAGCUGCCCACGAACUAUGUUUUACCCGGAAAAUCUUCUGGUACAGAACUUAAGGAGGUUUUACAUUUGAUGAGGGGACGUGGAAUGUACAUCGGCACACAAUUGGUGAUCGACUUGAAGAUACCUCUUUUCAACAGACAGUCAUCGCAGUUCUAUAGAGUAAUCCAGAUUCCAUUUGAACAUGACGGUGCGGUAUUGAUAGCAAGGAUAAGGUCGCCAUACAUCGUGUACAAUUUUGAAUUGAAUUCGUUCCACUAUCUGACACAAGUCAUGUUGAACGAAUGUAAAAACACAUUGGGAGAUAAAAUUGUAUGCGAAGAAAAUUUUCCCUGGCGAGAUGCGUCGACCAACAAUUGCGAACUGUCACCCCUGAGGCCGCGCAUCGAGAUAAACUGCAGGUACGAUGAAGUUGAAAACAGUCCCUAUUGGAUACAGCUGAGGCAAAAGGGAAAUUGGCUUUUUAAGACGUUUAAGAAUGCAACGGCUCAUAUUAAGUGUUCCGAAAAGCAGCAAUCCAUCAUAGAACUUCCACAACAAGGUAUUCUAGACCUUGAUACAGAUUGCACGGCUAGAAUUGACAAAGUGACUCUAGUGGCGGUCCAUCGGGUAAGAAAUGAAAUGUCAACUCAAUUUCACUCUAUUCUUUUAAAGGACGUAAGUGAAGCCGACAAAGAAGCCAUAAAACCCCUUGGAAACGUAUUGGUGAAACAUCACAAUGAGAUCAGCCAGCUAAAGACGCUCGUGGACGAUUUGAAGAAGCAGAAACUAAAUUUAAGAGGUUUAGAAUUUAAUAAUUGGUCUGGUCACAUGUCAUUUAUUUUAGUUACCAUAGUAGUUAUAAUGUUGCUAACUCAGUUUAUAAGGAAAAUAAUAAUAAGGAGACGGAUAGCAGCAAUUCAGUUCCAAGGAAGGCCGAAUGUUUAAUAAAGUAUCUGCCGGCCGGGAGAAGGUUAAUAAAAAUAUGAACAUGAAUCUUUCUUUUAUCUUGUCUAGCUUAGAAGAAGUAAUAAAAUAAUUAAGUGUCUUAGAUAAUAAAUUGUAAUGUAGAUCUGUCAUAAAUGUUAUUGCUUAUUUGCUAUGAAUUUUAUGUACUUAAGAUAGAAUUUUCAAUGUUAUCAAUUUCCAAGAAGUCAUUAAAUCCAUAUGUGAGUUUCCCAGCCAUUAAAUCCAUAUGUGAGUUUCCCAGCCAUUAAAUCCAUAUGUGUAACCUUCAUUGAUCAUGUACACUGGUGCAUACGAUAAGUUUUAUGAUAAUAAAGGUUGUGACCCACGCACGCACUUAUCUAUGCACACAGUAGGUAGAGAAGAUCACUGGAUUAAGAAGGAAGAGAUAAGAAUUAUUAUUAGGUUGCAUUAGGCUAAGUUCGAAUAACAUAUGUAGCUCUUAAGAACAAUAUUUUUUAAAUAAAAUUAGUACUCAACCAACAUCCAAGCCGGCAACAUCUUUUAUUAAUACGCGCGUAAACAGAUAUCUCACCGAUUUUCUCACCGAUAAAGAUCGUGGAUUGAACUAUUAGUGGCUGGUACAUCUAUAAAAGAAAAAAAUAAAAAAAAUGUUCAUGCAGUUAGCGCGUUUCUUGUACACGAAGCAUAAAUUUUGCUCGUGCUGUUUUCAAAGG